CUGCAGGAAUGAUUGCGACUAUCAGUCUAGAGCUCACCGCCUGACUGAGGAGGUGAAAGUUGCGCCACAGGAAGAUAAACCGCAAAAGACAAUAUUGCAUGUAUACAUGAUUUUGCGUGUGCAUCGGAUGCGCGGUAUAGGGGAAUUCCUCGCGUCUUAGAAAGUAAACAGAAAAUCGGUGGAUUUGAGAGUUUGCUCAGUCGAGUGAGGUCCAAGAGAUAGAGAGAGGGGGAGGAAGAAUAUCUGUGCGUGAUUUUUUGAUUUCUGCUCUCAGUCGUCUCGGCGAGUCUAGACUGAAGAUGCUCUUGGACGCAGGACCGCAGUAUCCCACCAUAGGAGUCACUACUUUCGGCUCCUCACGGCAUCACUCAACAGGCGAAGUCACAGAGAGAGAAGUGGCGUUGGGGAUAAAUCCGUUCGCAGAUGGGAUGGGCGCCUUCAAAAUAAACCACAGCUCCCACGACAUUGGCUCCGGACAAACGGCGUUUUCCUCCCAGGCGCCCGGCUACGCAGCAGCCGCCCUGGGACAUCACCACCACCCGACCCACGUUGGCUCUUACUCCACGGCGGCUUUCAACUCCACCAGGGACUUUCUCUUCAGAAAUCGGGGUUUCGGGGACGCCACCGGGGCGCAGCACAGUUUGUUCGCCUCCGGAAGUUUCGCAGGGCCACAUGGACACUCAGAUGCAGCGGGGCACCUGCUCUUCCCAGGGCUCCACGAGCAAGCGGCGAGCCAUGCGUCUUCCAACGUGGUCAACAGCCAGAUGCGGCUGGGCUUCUCGGGGGACAUGUACGGACGGGCCGACCAGUACGGCCACGUUACGAGCCCACGAUCCGACCACUAUGCCUCGACCCAGCUGCACGGCUAUGGCCCCAUGAACAUGAAUAUGGCCGCACACCACGGAGCAGGGGCCUUCUUUCGAUACAUGAGGCAGCCGAUCAAACAAGAGCUCAUCUGCAAGUGGAUCGAGCCGGAGCAGCUGACGAAUCCCAAAAAGUCGUGCAACAAAACUUUUAGCACGAUGCACGAGCUGGUGACCCAUCUGACGGUGGAGCAUGUGGGGGGACCAGAGCAGACCAACCACAUCUGCUUCUGGGAGGACUGCGCCAGAGAAGGAAAGCCAUUCAAAGCCAAAUACAAACUUGUAAAUCAUAUCAGAGUACACACCGGAGAAAAGCCCUUUCCGUGUCCGUUCCCCGGCUGUGGCAAAGUAUUUGCUCGAUCGGAAAAUCUAAAAAUUCACAAAAGGACGCACACCGGUGAGAAGCCUUUUAAGUGUGAGUUUGAAGGCUGCGACAGGCGGUUUGCAAACAGCAGUGACCGCAAGAAACACAUGCACGUCCACACGUCGGACAAGCCCUAUCUCUGCAAAAUGUGCGACAAGUCAUACACACACCCCAGCUCCCUCCGAAAACACAUGAAGGUCCACGAAUCCACCAAUCCGGGACCGCAGCCAUCUCCAGCGGCCAGUUCAGGGUACGAGUCCUCCACACCUCCCACCAUAGUAUCCCCGUCCACAGAGAACCAGAGCAGCAGCUCCAUAUCACCAGCAGCCUCAGCAGUACACCACACAACCAGCCACAGCACGCUGUCGUCAAAUUUCAAUGAAUGGUACGUGUAAAUAUUUUUGAACAAAAAGAAAAAAGCGAGAGCGAGAAAAAAAGAGACUGCAGAAUUAAAAAAGAAAAACUGCUUGGAAUCAAAGACUUUAUAAAGUCAGCCAGUGAGACAUGGACUGAGAAAACACGGGAGGCCCCACACAGUUAAAGGCUGUCUUAAUGUCGAUGAGAGAGAAUGCAUGGACUUAAAGGAGGCGAGGACAGCCACCGAGUUAAAACUUCUUUUUCCUUUUUCCUCAAUAUUUCUUUGAGUCUUUAUUUCUACUGAGAGACUGCUCAGAAGAGAUCUCAAAAAGCAUGCUAUCUCCGGGUAGAGGCCUGAAUUUUUGUACAUAAGGAUUUCACCAAGUUGGGAAUAAAAAAAAUGUAAUAUUUUAUUUUGUAAAUAGUUCUAUCACAGUUUAAGGGAAAAAUUUGUGACAAAUGUGGUCCCUAGAUAUAUGGAAAAAUGAGAUGGUUUUAAGAAUAUUGCGAUGAAUAGACUUCAUUGAAAAGAAUGUUAUAGUUGUGAACCAAAUGUGAAUUAUUCAGUAUUACUACAGUCUACACGUCGACCUAACCGACUCUUAGUAUUAAUGUGCUUUUGUAGCCUAUUCAGUGCAACAUUUUCGUCCAAGGUCCAGUUUGAGUAGCACCAGUAUCAUUGUUGUUAUUUAAUGUCAUGUCGAUAAAUCGUGUAGUGAAAGCCUGAAAUUCCGUGUCAAUCUGUUUAUGUACGUGAUAAAUAUAAAAUCUCUGUCAAUUGCUUUGUCUGAAAGGAAGUAUUAUUACAUGUAAGUAGCUCAAUUUUCCAUAUUUAUCCGCAUGUAAAGGACCGGUAACAUGUUAGAAGCUGAUCGGUAUUUAUGGAGAAAUGCGCUCGUAUGUAAAAUUUAGUUUACAAAAAAAUGUUUGGAUACAUUUCGUACUAUAUUAAAGGAUUAAAAAAUACAAUAAUGCAAUGCGUUGGGAGGUUUUUGGUUUCAUUGGUGUGUUGAGGGUGAUCUGUGUGACACUAAAUGGGUGCUUUAAAAUAUAUAUUAAUAAUUAGCUGCACACUGAGGUGGAUUUUUUUUGCUCAUAAUAAUGCAUUUAGCACGGGUUUAAGGAAGCUGCAUGUGUGGAUGCACAAAUGAUUUAACUCUUUAGUGUGUGUGUGUGAGAGAGAGAGAGUGUGUGAGUGUGUGUGUGUGUGUGUGUGUGUGUGUGUGUGUGUGUGUGAGCAUUUCAUUCAAAGCUAAAGGUUUAACCGCACUGUCACAACUUCCCUGACAGUCAAUAAUAAGUAAAUUCACUCCCCCCUUUUUUCCCCUGCAUCUUCUGUUUAUCCAAAAUUAACAUCCAACACUUUGCCCUCCAGUAAUGUGCAAAUUAAAUCGAUUAAUCACGGCGGUUGUUCUUCAGUGUAAAACCGGGGAUAGUUUGGCUUACUUAAUUGUUCGGGAAUCUAAUUUUCAAAUCUAAUUUAUUUUUCCCCCUUUUCCGCAGUUUGUCGGAUUUCAUAGAUUUAGGGCGAGCUGAGGAGUCAAUGUGGCCCCCUCAUUGUUCCUGGCUGCAGCUUGCUUGACCGCCCCAUUAGGCAGAGAUCACAUCAGCAGCCGCCAGUGAUCAUGGUUAACACUGCCAGUGCGCGCGGAGCCACGAUCUGUCAGUCUGCAGCUUUGUCAGGAAAAAAAAAGAAAAGCUGCACACACCCCGAAAAGAAAAUGCAAUUUUAAUCGUAAAAAGGAUCCACACACACACACACACACACAGCAGCACAGGAGGUGUGUGUGUGCGCGCGCGUGCCCGUGCGUCCUCACCAGCCAAAAUAAAAACAUCCACCAUCUUAGAUGAUUUGCUGAAAUGUAUUGAAAUGUAUUCAUAUUUUCUUUUCACGGACUAUUAAAUUUGGAGAUAAAUGAAGGAUGGUAAUAAAAUGACUUUUUCGACUCUAUUUAACACUAUCUAUCUAUCUAGGUUCCAGUGCUGAUGCUCCACUGAUGCACUGCUGCUAUAGGAAGGGAAGAAUAAAAAAAAAAAAAAAAAAAACACGCACUCGUGAAUUCGUUUGAGAAAGUCACUUUGCAGCUUUAUAGAAAAAUUUUCACAUGUAACUGGAAAUAUAAAUAGUUUAGAGUGGAUGUGUUAAAGCUAUGUCAUGUGGUUUCAAAGCUGGCGGGAUAUUCCACACAUGCGCCAUAUUUAAAUAUAAAGCUGGUGCCAGAUUGACAAACGCAGAGAUGGAGGCUGAAUCCACCUUAAACUAGUUUAUUCAACAUUUGAACUUGAGAAAAAGCCUUUAAAUGUAAAAUAGUGUUUCAGAGUCCAGCUUGAUAAUGAUGGAAAAUACUUCCCAUGUAUGUGAGUUGUGUUUGGAUCGCUGGUUAUUUGGCUCAUUAUGGACCUGAGUUCAUAGUUUAUCCCCCUGUUUUAUUUCCCUGCACAUGUUUUUAACUGGAGAGAAACUACAACCUCUCUGAGCCCCAAACAGCCGCUGCUGCUGCUGCUGCUGCUGCUUUAACGUGCCAGUGCGACUGAAUGCAAAGCAUGAACCUUGACUGUGCUGUUUAAUUUCCACUUCAUGCUUCUGUCGUGUUGCUUUACACUGCAGCCACACACACGCUAUCAAAAAAUAAAAUGCUCGACGACAGGCUGCAGCGCGUCUUCUCCCAGGCUACCUAUAGAGCUGCACGGUGGCUCCAGAUCAAAUAGGAGCGCAGGAAAAACAUCCACUUUAAAUGUAUUUACGCUCAAGUCUGGAAAUGACAAACACUCAGAUAUCGGGAAAGCGCAGGCGCCAGCAUCAUGAAUAUUUAUUACCAGCACUUGUGGCCAGUAAACCGAGCCUGACGUUUGUGUUACCAAGGUAGACAGUGUGCAGCUUAGCUGCGCAUCAAAUAUCACACAGGAUGGUGGUUCAGCCUUUUACUUCAUGUUGUUUUUACACCUUUAAAAAUCAGAAUUGGCUUCUUUUUUCCUGCAGUAACAUUUAGUAAAUCCAUUCAGCCUUUAAAAGCAAAAGUUUUAAAUUAGUAAUGCGUCUUUUUUUAAUGCAAUUUGAAUCAAAUUUGGCAUUUUCUCCUCACACAUAAAUUGAAUAUGGCUGUUUUUAAAACAAUAAAUGCAGACUGCAGCCACUGACACAUGCAGUAAAAUCCAAGAUUAGAAGAAAGCUAUAAUCCGUAACUCUUGAUGGAUGAGGUGCCCAUGCCUCUGCCAGCACUCUGAUGUGCCUGCCCAGCUGCCGUCACUCUGAGAGAACUACAUCGAUAAGUUAAACAUUUAACUAUUAAGUUCCCGGCAAAAUGAUCCCAUUCUUCAGAGAGGGACAUGUGAUAUCUAAUUUUAACACCUUCAAAAGUUUAAAAACGCCCCAAGUUGCAAGUCAUGGAAUAUCCUGCAAAAACCUCGGCAUCCUGCAGCCUCCAUCUGCUGAGCUUAAGAGUCCCAAUACAAAAAGGUCAAAUUCAAGUCAAGGCCACUUUACUUUAUUGGCAUGCAGACAUUUGAAAACCGCCUGCAAGAAACCCUGUCGUAUUUGCAGCCAUAAAGGGAUUUAAUUGCCAGACUCUGGGUAAUGGAGCAAUCCAUCCUGCAGUGGACGUCGAAGUUUGCAUACAAAGAUAAUCCAGAUAUUGAUUUGUGCACAUAAUGAUGUAUAAUCUGUAGUAAGAGGCUGGUUGUUCUUUUGGAGUGUGGAAACAUGAUUUUUAAAAAUUAUUUGUAUUAUUUUUUGGCCUUAAAAAGAGCAGCAGUAGAAGGAAAAUGUGCAUUCAUGUAAUUAUUUAAUUUAAAUAUGUGGUAAUAUUCCCCGAUUUAAAUGAAAUAUCAAACACCAAACUAUUCCAAAAAUUUGACCUUCACAUUUCAGCCUCACCCUGAAUUAUGAUCCAUUAUAUAACCCUCUUUAAAUCUUUAUUCAAACCACAGCUCUACAUGUGUAGUCCUGCACCCUCUGAAAAAGGCUUUAUCCAUCCUCAGAAAUAAAAUGUCAAAUCUGUUGUGCAAAGACAUAACACAAAUUAUAUUUUUCCCCAUGUCUUAUUUCCUUAUGAUAAUCCGGACUGCAGCUCGUAUAGUUCACAGCUCUUUUUACUUAACCACAUCACUGAUUGGGACAUUAAUCUCCGCUUUGCCACCGCAGUCCCAGCGCCGGGUUUGGAGAGGGCUCGUUAUAGUGAAACAUAGGCUCACGGUGACCCCCGUUGCAUCAGUUGUGGUCUCUGACAUGCUAUUAAGUUUAGACCGUGCAGGAGAUUUGUGGAGGCGCUGACACGGUGUUGUCGCGUCCCCUUUGACGUGCCCCUAAAUGAGGCCACUCCAAUUAGCUCUUCGCGACAGGGUGAGACUGCUGGAGCCUGCAACACCUCUGCAGAGGGGAGAGCAGCCACCGUCUCAGCCCUGCUUAUACCGGGGGAAGUCCAGGGAGCGUGCAGCGACGUCGUGGUUCACCUCUGAGCUGUUGUUGUGGAGCUGGAAACGUUUUGCUCAAUGGCACGUCGGCGGUUGUGGGUAAGGGAGCAAGGGCGUAGGUUACGUUUUAAUAUUGGGGGGACACGUGCAAGGGGGUUGGGGGUCCUCCACCCAAAAAAUUAAAUCUCAAACCCAUAAUUUCCUGCUUUCAAGUGAAUUUUUAAGCAUCACAUUGCUAUUUCUGCAUGAAUCUUUAAUUCUGUCAAAAUAAAAUUCCUCCUCCACUUCCGUGUUUUUAUGGGGACAACAAAUGCGCAUGUUCUAAAUAUUGAGGAGGAUGUGACCCCAGUCCCCCCCCAAAAUCUACACCUAGAGCAACCCUUAAAUCCAGCAAAUAGGACCUGCAACCGAAGAACUUUUCAUGCAUCACUUUGCUAUUUCUGCAUGACUUUACAGUGUAAAUCUUUAAUUCUGUCAAAAUAAAAGUCCUCUUCCACUUAAAUGUUUUUUGGGACAACAAAUGCACAUGUUCUAAAUAUUAAGGGGGACAUGUCCCCUGUGUCCCCCCCAAAAUAUUCACAUAGAGUAACCCUUAAAUCAAGCAAAUGGAACUUGCAACCGAAGAGCUAUUUAUGCAUCAUUUUUGCCAUUUCUUCACGAUUUCAUGGUGUAAAUCUUUUUUAAUUCUGUCCAAAUAAAAUUAUUCUACUUCCACAUUUUUAUUGGAGACAACAAAUGCACAUUAUCUAAAUACUGAAGGGGACGUGUCCCAUGUGUCCCCCUCCAAAAUCUACACCUAGAGCAACCCUUAAAUGCAGCAAAUGGUACCUGCAACCGAAGAGUUUUUUAUGCAUAAUUUUCCUAUGUCUGCAUUACUCUAUGGUGAAAAUCUUUAAUUCUGUCAGAAUAAAGUCAUCUAUACAUCCAUGUUUUUACCGGGGACAACAGUUGCGCAUGUUCUAUAUAUCGAGGGGGAUGUGUCCCCUGGUCCCCCCAAAAUCUACACCUAGACCAACCCUUAAAUCCAGCAAAAGGAACCUGCAACGGAAGAGUUUUUUAUGCAUCAUUUUGCUGUGUUUGCACAACUUUACAGUGUAAAUCUUUAAUCCUGUCAAAAUAAAAGUCCUCUUCUACCUUUAUGUUUUUACUGAGGGGACAAAUUCACAUGUUCUAACCCUGCAUACCCUGAAAUCUGUAAUGGUUUUCUUCUUUAUAUCACUGUUCUCAAUGUAAUUUCUGACUUGUAAAUAUCUUUAAAAAAAUGAGAAUCAUAUUCUCGCUGUCAUGAUUCAACUUGCACAAUUCCCUUGUGGUGGAUAAACUGUCUGAAUAUACGCAACCCCUUUCUGAUCCCAGACUUUAAAGAUGCCUCACUCUUUGUUGGAGUAAAGUUGGGAUCUGCUUUUACUUCUCUCAAUCCCAGUGGUUCAUUAUGAAUCUUAAGGAGUUUAUUCCAGACAUUGAGAGUAUUUUGAAACCAUUUGUUUUCUAUUUUGGUUCCAACUUGUCCUCAAGGAAAGACAGGAGUGUCUCCAUGCCUCUGUUGACUUCCAUUUCGUCUGUGUAUCGUCCAUUAGCCAUGUUCGUAAUAUUUGUGUUUGAGCUGCCAAAUGAGAUAGAGCCAAACCUCAAUGGUUUUUUGUCAUCCCACACAAAUUUAAGUAACACCUAAAUGUAAUAGGAUUAACGUACAAAGGUAGGGCCUUAAAUAAAAAUAAGAAUCAGGGGAGUGUAUUAAUUCCAGUGGUGUCAGUCCUUCCCAAUAGUGACAGGGGGAAAUCUACACCUAGAGUGACCCUUAAAUCCAAGAAAUUGAACCUGCAACCUAAGAGCUUCCGGUGCCAAACUCUCCCUUAUUUAACCCUUUUGCAACCAGCUUCUCAAUCACUUAAAGGGCCAGUCCGUAUUUUUAUUUUAAUUCAAACUACAUGUUUAUUCACAUACUGAACAAACUGACUUAUUUUCUGUUUUUCUUCAUUUAAAAUUUAGCUAAAUUUUACUUGUGUUUACAAAAAUAAAAAAAAUCAGCGUCAAAAUUAACAACUAAAAUAUAGCUGUUAGUUGAUGUAUUACGAGACCCGCCAAUGAAAUGAGUGACAACAGUUCCCAAUCCUGUGUUUCUAAUUUUUGCUAAUGAGCCACACAGCCUUUUGUUUACGUCCAGGCCAUGCAAGUGCAGCCGCUUUGCUCCGAGGGCAUAAAUCAGAAUAUUUUUAAUAAAUUCAUCAGGCGGAAUGAUAUCAGCCCGCAUUUUUCUUUUAUGUGUUAAAAAAAAGCCAUACAUAUGGUGCGUUAAUGCGCUGCUCAAUGGAGAGGUCUUCUCGCUUACAGAGCAGCUUGUCGACAUCUGCUUCUCUGAUGAGUCUGAUAAUGACUUCUUCUUUCGCAAUGAGGAUGACCAGACAAAGAUAAUGACUGACAGAUUUCUACUGAUCCGUUCCAUCAUCGCGAUGUGUUUGUCAGUGUGCAUCACGAGGUGGCCCUGAGGGAAACAUGGCUGAAACCAUAUGAACUCCUUGUUUAUGGUGACAUUAAGCCUGAUGCGAACUGAUGUUUGGAUUUCGUCCUGUUGCAUGCUUUGUAUUUCCUCGGCUUUAACAAUGAGUCCCAAUUAACCCAUUUACUAUUGUUCUGUUUAUAAGGCAUAUGGUGUUUUAAAUUGGUAGCAGACCCUAAGUAUUCCGCACUGCUAGCAGUUUGAACGUAUUAGAGGCCUUCGUCCUUCAUCACCCGUUCUGUCAAAGCAGGAAUUUCACAACCUAGUAAAACAAACUAGUGUGGGUUUCUAAAAUGCUAACCCCAAAUCAACCCGGAGCAUCACUUUUUUUUUCUGCACCUCUCUGGGCUCAGGGUGGUUUCCUGUUAGGUUAGGGUUGACAGUUUACAGUGCAUCCCUUUAAAACCUUGAUCAAACCCCAACCCCAACCCUAACCCUAACCCAAGUCAAAAACAUAAACAUGUAAUUCUUAACUCAGGUCAGCGUCUGAAUAUUUUAACAUCCAGCAGUAUUUGUUCACUUUAACAUGCCAGCAAACAAACUCACUAGCCUCUGCACGACCGCUUUAUCUUUGCUUUGCCUGAAAUUCAUUGUUGUUUUCCUGUUGGGCCGCUGCCCAAAGCCUUCAAAUAUUUGUCAGAGACAAGAGGCAAUAAAUACAGGUCGUUAUGCCUGCCUGGGUGCAGAUAUUUGAACUAGAAAUCUAUUUCAUAUUUUUGUUCCCUUCCUGACGAGUAAAUCACUUUAGAAAAAAACACGUGCAAUGAAACAAACUCAUAAUUCCCCCUGGUUAGCUGGCUCGUGCACGGAGGAUUGCAGCUACUUUCAAUGCCAUGUUCAUAUCCACACUUUUUUUUCUCUCUCGCUCUCUGCACACAUUUGGGGCUUUGUAAUUGUUUUGGCUCACUGUUCAGUUCGACUCUGAUAAUGGAAGAACAUCCAUCAUUAGUCCAUCCAUCAGUAGAGUCCAGUGUGCUCUGUGGCUGUUUGUCAUCCCAGUGUGUGCAUUCAUAGAUAUUUCCAUUCCUUAUUAUUUUCAGAGUGGAAUAAAAACGGUGUCAUUAAGCCAAAACCUUUAAAUGCUGCUGUAAAAUGUUACGACUCACAGGGAGCACGUCGAUGGAGGGAGACAUGUCUUCUCACUGACAUUUUCACUGACCUUAGCAAACACCUACGAACCGUUCUGCCAUCUUGUAGCCAGCGUACAGUCGGUAUUCACAUCAGUGCAUUUAACAGUUAAAGCACAUCAGCCUGUUGAAAAGCACUAACUGAUGCAACGCCUCAAUCAUACCCGAUGUGUCCCUCCUCUCUGCAGUGCAUUCAUUUAUAAUUAUAUCUUCAUCACAGAAAGAGAGUGAUUAAAAGUAAAAUCUGGCAAACAAAACGUGGCGUGUAAGGUAUCAUCAUAACAGUGCGCCUGGCGUGGAGUGUUUUUCAGCAGCUGCAUCAGCAGGACACAGGUGGAAAUGCAACUUGACUGGCGAUGGGAGCCAAGAAAGAUCUGGAAGCUGUUUCUGUCCUGUGUGUGUGUUCGUACUUAUGCCUGUGCACUUCAGUUGUUGAACUCGAGCAGGCAAAGAAUAUUAGCUACCUAAUGUUGCCAGAGGACAGAUGUGAGCGUGUGUGUGUGAAGGAAUAUGACUCAUUACAGAGAAAACUUCAUUUGGUGCAUCUGUAUAUGGGCAGUAGACUGUCAAAAUUAAAUGUCAUGUUUUACUGGAUAAAUACGAGAGAUGUAGCAAAUCCUGCUCAACUGUCCAAGAUUUACAACACACAGUCCGUCCUGCGUGCAGCCGCUGCUCCUGUAAGUAUCUCGCAGUUUGAUUUUAUGUCUCUGACUCCUUCAUAUCGCUGUUAACUGAGUGACUCGGUGCGCUUCAGGUGAGAAUAGAUGAAAAUAUGUGAUAUAACAGGGUCACAUCACUUCCAGAAGCUGCAGCGACCUCUGUGCUCCUUUGACAGGGACGUGAAGAAAGUGUGUGAAAGCGCCUCUCGAGCAACAUUAAAUACAAACCAGGGGUUUUAAUAUUAUUUCAGGCCACAGCGCUGAGUUGAAAGUGCAGAGAGGUGAGACGCUGGGAGGUAACGCAGCCCGUGACUGCUCUGUUUCUUGUAAACAUGCAGGGUAAUAACACACAAUAUUGCCAACGUACUAAUAAGCGAGGAGGAGGCUGAGUAAAGGGCUAUUCUGUAAAAUGUCAAACAUUAAAAAACAAGCAAAAAGGUAUUUUUUGACAUCUUCAUGCCAUGUUUGCUUACACUUUCAUGACUUAAGGUGCAAGGGGAGGCGAAAAAAAGCGCAUUUUCCAUUUUGAAACCGCAGCUCAGUCACACUUUCCAGCAUAUCGCUUUGUGUAAACAUCCUGGCAGACAGGAAAUCAAUUUAUCUGACCAACCGUUUGACAGUUUCAACUGUGAUAAUUCAAUUUGUUUGCUGAUAAUAAUUCCUAAAUAAAAUGGCACGCAUUUCCAACAUUACAAGGCGUGUGUUUCCCAUUAAUCCCAGUUGCUCGUUGCUCACUCAUGGUUUGAUUGAUAAUGAUUGGCCCAAAUUUGCUUGGUCCAGGUGUUUGCCGUUUAUUAUUUUUCCACCCCCUUCAAUUAAUCACUAAUUGGUGUUUCCACCUGCAAUGGAAAUUACACCACAACUGUGGCCAAAAACCUCACACUGCCACUUAUUUGCGGGAAAAUAUAUCAAAAUAUUUAUCGUAAAAACGCCAGGAUUUUUUAAUGUUUGCUUAAUGUAGAAGGAAAAUAUCCAAAAUGCAUUUUCAUGACUGCGUGUAGACAGCGCCUGUGUUUGUUGUGUCAUUGUUGCUCGCACAGCGUGAACGCAGCCAGUGUUUGAGGAUUUUGAAAAUUAAUGACAACAAAUGACCAGAGCUGAUUUCAAUCCUCGCCGUGUCAGGGGGGGAUUGUGUCCCGGUUGAGGUUAGGUCACUGCGAGGGACGUGACGGGGUAUUUAAUGUCUGCAUAUGGAAACACUUCAUUGUCAGAGUGGACUGUGUUUGAAUAAUGUUGCAUUAAUAAAGACUU